GAAGGGGCGGGGCGGGGCUCCAGGCGGCCCCAGCGAACCCUCCAGUCGGCGAGGGCGGCGGAGGCUAAGUCCCGCCCAGUGCGCAGCGCGCCUCGGGCGGAGCCGGACGCCUGGGCCUUCAGUCCCCGAGCGCUCCCGGGCCGGACCAGAGAAAAGUCUCUGCCAUAAAUGCAUAUGCUACGCAUUUUGACAUUUACUUCUAAGACGGAAUGCAGAAAUGAAACCUCCACAUGGAUUUUAAGUGUUCUCAUAUGUGAUUAGGUGCAGUUUAUCAGAGCUUUAUACUUCUGACCUAUAAGAAGAUUCUUUAAAGGAUAACAAACAACUAAGACCUGUAACUUCAGUACUUCUGAGUUGAACUGAAGCAUCACAAGGAGAGAUUUUAUUACAGCAUCGUCACACAUCUGUUGAGCUUUCAGUCAAAAUUCAUGUGCAUUUCUUCCAUCAGACACUUAACCUCCCAAGAUGGCAGACAGUCUUCCCACUGAGUUUGAUGUGAUAAUAAUAGGGACAGGCUUGCCUGAAUCUAUCCUUGCAGCAGCAUGCUCAAGAAGUGGUCAGAGAGUUCUGCAUGUUGAUUCAAAAAGUUAUUAUGGAGGAAACUGGGCUAGUUUCAAUUUUUCAGGAUUGCUUUCCUGGCUGAAGGAAUAUCAGCAAAACAAUGACACUGGGGAAGAAAAUUCUGCUGCAUGGCAAGACAUGAUCCACAACACAGAAGAAGCCAUUCCUCUUCAGAGGAAGGACGAAACAAUUCAACACAUAGAAGUUUUUUGUUAUGCCAGUGAAAAUAUGGAUGAAAAUACUGAAGAGGUCAAUUCUUUUCAGGAAAAUCUUUCCUCAGCAUCUAAUACCCUCCCUGAACCUCUGGAUUCUACAUGCUUGUCCAAAGCAGCACACUCAUCAAACCUUUCUAGCUAUGAAAUGCCUGACAAAGAUGAUUCAAAAAGUAAGGGAGAAACUUCAGCAGAACUAACUGAUGCAGAGGAAACUUUAGAGAAAGAGAAGAAUUGUGGAGAUAAAACUUGUAUAGAGACAGUUUCAGAUGAAGAUAAGGAUGAAAACAAACCUUUAGUGGAAGAUAACACUGACCUACCAAAGAAAAGUAGAAUUGCGUACUCCCAGAUAGUUAAAGAAGGCAGGAGAUUUAAUAUUGACCUGAUAUCAAAGCUACUGUAUUCUCAAGGAUUGCUAAUUGAUCUCUUAAUCAAGUCAAAUGUUAGUCGUUAUGCAGAAUUUAAAAAUGUCACUAGGAUUCUUUCAUUCCGAGAAGGAAAGAUAGAACAGGUGCCUUGCUCUAGAGCAGAUGUCUUUAAUAGCAAAGAACUCACUAUGAUUGAAAAGAGGAUGCUAAUGAAAUUUCUUACAUUUUGUUUAGACUAUGAACAACAUCCUGAUGAAUAUCAAGCUUUUGUGCAGAGUUCAUUUUCAGAGUACUUAAAAACUAAAAAAUUGACCCCCAACCUCCAACAUUAUAUACUGCACUCAAUUUCAAUGACAUCAGAGUCAUCGUGCACUACAUUAGAUGGCCUUAAAGCUACAAAAAAGUUCCUUCAGUGUCUUGGGCGAUUUGGCAACACUCCCUUUCUGUUCCCCCUAUAUGGCCAAGGAGAAAUUCCUCAGUGUUUCUGCAGGAUGUGCGCAGUUUUUGGUGGAAUCUAUUGUCUUCGCCAUAAAAUACAAUGCCUUGUGAUUGACAAAGAAUCCAGGAGGUGUAAUGCCGUUAUAGAUCACUUGGGUCAAAGAAUAAGUGCUAAAUAUUUUAUUGUGGAGGAUAGUUAUCUUUCUGAGGAAACAUGUUCAAAUAUACACUAUAAGCACAUCUCCAGGGCAGUGCUCAUCACAGAUCAGUCUGUACUGAAGAUAGAUUCAGAUCAGCAGAUUUCCAUUUUGACAGUGCCUCCAGUGGAACCAGCAACUUGUGCUGUUCGGGUCACUGAAUUAUGUUCUUCAUCCAUGACUUGUAUGAAGGACACCUAUCUAGUACAUCUGACCUGUUCAUCUUCUAAAACAGCGAAAGAAGACUUAGAACCAGUGGUGAAGAUGUUAUUUACUCCAUAUACUGAAGCAGAUACAGAUGAGGGAGAACUUAAAAAACCAAGAAUCUUAUGGGCUCUCUAUUUUAAUAUGAGAGAUUCCUCAGGAGUGAGUAGAACCUCAUAUAAGGGUUUACCUUCCAACGUGUAUGUUUGCUCUGGGCCUGACUGUGCAUUAGGAAAUGAUCAUGCAGUCAAGCAAGCCGAAACACUUUUUCAGGAAAUCUUUCCAGGUGAAGAAUUUUGCCCCCCACCUCCAAAUCCAGAAGACAUUAUCUUUGAUUGUGAGGACAAACAACCAGAGUCUUCUAUAACUAAUGUUAAUGAACCCUCUGAGGAAAGCCAAACCCUCGAAAACCCAGAAGAGCACCUUGAGAAUUAGGGGGGGGGAUGUCAACUAGAAAUGCUACUUUGGGCCUUUAUCCUGGCAGUAGAAUAUUUUCAUCUAAAGGAUAGUUUCCUCUUUGAGCAAUUAGGAAUGGUUGUCUGAUAUAUUCUAUGCAAAUGCUGUCUUUAAUUAUCUUUUGAGAAUUAAUGAAUGUCACUGUUAACCUUACAGUAACUAAUUCAUUGGUUACUGGACUACUUUUUUGUUUCAAAGUGAGUUUUGUGAUCCAGAAUCUCAGAGUUGCUUUUACUUUUGAACAUGUAUCUAUAUACAUGUAGAUGUGAAGGUUUGUAUCGCAGCUAUGCUUAAAAGAUUUGUCUGCUAAUGAUCUUCAGGCCACAUUAGUGUCUACAGAAGAAUGAUUAAUAUCUAAGGAAUCUUUUAAUUAUUUUGACAGUUAACCACUAACUAGUGAAACAUAAUGGAAAACUUAAAAUCUUGUGUUCCUUUCAUAUAUAUUCUAAACAGAUAGACAUGGUGGUAGAAGUAAAUACUAAUGCAAGUGCCAAUGUGGUAAAAAUAUUUUUGUCUAUAUAACUUAAAAUAUUAGCUUUGCAUGAUUAUUUGUGAAAGUCUGUUGUUUACAAUACUUCUUGCAGAUUAAUUCUCCUGCUUGGUCCUUGUAGCAAAUAACACAAUGACAUCUCAUAGUCUUCUGCUUUACAAAAAGAGUCUGAGGGAACCUAUUAAUAGUUGAAGAACACAGUGAUAGGAGGCUUAUUACAAAGAAAAUCCAGCGCAUGACUGGGUGAUUGGUCAGGAAAUUGACACAGCCUUGCCCUUUCACUUAAAAAGAAAAAAACCUUCCAUGAAGUAGCCCAGGCUAAAGGGGAAAGAAAUGAUUAUCCUUGGAACAGAUACUGCAGAAUAAUAUGUCUGACAAUCCUAAGGAUAAAUUGUUUGAAGCCUCUUUGUUUCAGCUGGAAUUACAGGUCUUUUUUUUUUUUGGUGAGGUUUUUUUUUUUUUUUUUUUAAUAUAGUCUGUUAAUAGAUUCUCAGUGACAAUGAAACAGCACCUUUCUGGUUCUACCAAUUUGUAAAUCCUAACGAUGUCUGAUAGAAGUCCAGGAAGGAUGUUAUGUCCCUUUAGUUGUGUGCCAGCCACAAGUAAGGAGGUGACUGCCUUCAUAAUCAUUGUGCCUCUUGCCAUCUAUCACCUAGGAGAUAGAUGAUAGUUUUUUUUUUUCCUUCAGAACUAGGAAGUUGAUGCCAUUCAGUGAUGGAAAAAAAAUCAACUGGAAAUGCUACUGUGGGCCUUUAUCAUGACAGAAUAUUUUUCUUUUCUGUUUUUAAGGACAGAAUAUUUUCACCUAAAGGGUAGCUUCCUGUGUGGCACUAUCAGAAGAUGCUAGUGACUGCCCUGGUUGCCUUCCACUGCUUAUAUAGAUUAUGCUAUUCUUAAAGAAAAACAACUUUUCAAAUUUCAAUUUUUGUUCUUGAUCUACAUUUACUAUAUAAUAUGGCACGGAUUGUGCUUUAUCCUUACAGUUAACAAGCCUGUGGGGAAGAUGUUAUUGAAUAUGUUUCCAAAGAGAUAAAAACAUUAAUUUGCUCAGAGUGUGCUAUGUGGGAGAACCAACCUUGGGAUCCAGUGUUUUUUCAUGAUUUCAAAACUGUUAGAAUAGUAUAUAAGUCCUGUAGGAGGAGGCGAUGUUUCUGGAAAGUAGAAGAAGAGCCUAGCUUGGCUGAUAAAGCAGAGUAGACGGACAUUUGUCUCAUUGAAGUAGAUGAUGAAGAUUGGAUAUUAAGCAGAACUUGACUACGUUUUCGAAAAUGAUUCUUUUCAAUAUUGGGUUGUUUGAUCUUAGCAUUGUGUUGUAAAACAUACAGAAGUUACUCAACUAAAAUAUAUGAUCUAAAUAAUAGUUUGGGUGCUCUUAUAUUUCAGGAAAAGAAAUAAAAGUUUCAGUAAUUUUCAUGUAUCAAAAGCAGGAAAAAAAAAGAAUUGUAAUGAAUAUUUUUUAAGUAAAAUGAUGUUAUUUAGUGGAUCCCAAGGUUUAAACCUGUCAAAAUAACUUAAACUCCUGAAACAAACUAGUCAUUUAAAAAAAAAUUAAGAUAAUAAACAAGUAGAGAACACUAUAGUCCUGUGUUCUUUUCUUUUUUUUUAAAUUAAAAAAAAAACUUUAUUUUCCCUUUUGUUGCCCUUUUUGUUGUAGUUAUUGUUGUUAUUAAUGUCGUCAUUGUUAGAUAGGACAGAGAGAAAAUGGAGAGAGGAGGGGAAGACAGAUGGGGAAAGAAAGACAGACACUUGCAGACCUGCUGCACCACCUGUGAAGUGACACUCCUACAGGUGGGGAGCUGGGGGAUUGAACAAGGAUCCUUACACUGGUCCUUGUGCUUCACGCCACGUGUGCUUAGCCCGCUGCACUACUGCCUAACUCCAAGUCCUCUGUUAUUUUCUGACAGGUUAAGAUUUGACUCCAAUUGCCUUAUGGUAAUUUUUUUCAAGAAUAAAUACCGGCAUUAUUUACUGUGGCUCAGGAUUAUAUGAUUGGUGUUCAUUUGAAUUACCAUUGAAUUAACAUCAAUAGCAAAAUGGUAAAAAUCCAAAAUAUAACUUUCAGAAUAUCAGUAAAAUUCAUCUAAGAUUUUAUUAUCAUAUUGUUUUUUUUUUUUUUAGUGUAGUAAUUAUUUAAAUUCCCAAACUAACAUCAUUCUUACUGUAAAGCUAUUUCUCAAACCAAAAUUCAACAAUAUAGGCACCAGCUUUAUUUGUGUAUUAUUGAAAAAAAAAAGCUUAUCAUUGUAGUAAGUUUUGGGGGAUAGUCAUAAAAUGAGAAAGAUAAGGAAAAUAAAUCAGUGAAAAGUACUUUGUUUUCAGAAUACUGCUCUGUCUUAUGUGGUGCCUGGAACUGAAUCCACAGCUUCAUACAUGCAAGACUGCUGUAUUUGCUUAGCUGUUUCCCUUGUCACCAAUAUUUGCCAUUAAUAUGACUUAAUAAUAAAACUGAAAAUAAAGAUUAUUCACAGAUACGUGUAACAGUAAAAGACUAAUUCAGGAAGUUGCAGAAUGACAUUUUUAAAAUGAAUUUCUUGAUUCCAGUGGUGAUUAAGUACAAUUUGAAAAGUGUUUGGAUACUAACAUAUAUGAGUCAUUUAAGGAAAAGUGUACAGGUAGAUUGGUCUGUGCUAAGAUUGAAUGACGUCUUACAGUAUUUUAAAAGAAGUAAACAGGAAGUGUAGAAAAAAGUAUAUUCUUAACUAAUUUCCAAUUGUUUAUUCCUGGGGAAGUUACUGCUAGCUUUCAUUUUACCAUGUAUAAAAUAAAAUAUAUAUCCCAGGUUAAGUUGGAUAAUGUAUGUUGACAUCAAAUCACCUAAGGUGAUGGUAUAUAGCUUAUUGUACUUUCACAUAACAUUCUGCUUGAUCCUUUAUAUAAUAAAAUUAUGGUAAUCCUUAGGAAAGUCAGCAAAGAUAGAAGCAUUAAUUUUUGAAACAUAGAAAUCAGUGGGAUUCUCGCCUUAAAAAUAUUUACACAUGAUACUAAAAAAAAAAAAAAGAACUUCUUUGAGUAUACAUUGUGCUGAUUAGAAAGUUUUAGAAAUACAUGGGAAAGAGUAUAAAGAACUGCCGCAACCCAGUAGGUGACGUGGAAAAACACAGGACUUGAAACACAACAUCCUGAAAUCAGUUCCAGCAUUGCAUGUGCCAGGGUAAUGCUCUGGUUCUUUUUGUUACUAAUAAAUUUGUGGUGGGGAUGGGAGGAUGUAACUAUUUACAGGAAGACUAGCUAGAUGCCAGUAUGAAAAAGGAAAUGAUGUCCCACAGUUCAUUGAAACCAUAUAAAGGAACUGUACAGUUCCCAUUCCAAUCAGUGGUACAAAGAAAACUUUAUUAAGAUGAAAAAUGUUCACAAAGUAACCAAGGUCAUCUGAAAGAAGAAAUGUGUACUGUAAAGACAAAGGAUUUAAAAUGUAAUUUGCAUUACAUAUGCAUAAAGUGCUUAAUAUUUUUUAAGAAGUAGAUAUAUACCCAUACAUUUUUCUAUCCAAUAAGCUAAUUAAGGAACAGAAGAUGUAAAUAAAAGUUCUUUCUUAGAAAGGUAACUCAGAUUUUCCUGAUUCACGCAUACAACAAUUUUGGCUUACAAAUUCAGCAAAACAUUUUUAAAUCGCUUGUGUCCUCAUUCCAGUAGCAUUGUUAUACUAGUACUUUUUCAAAAAAAAACUAUUUAAUAUAACAAGAGUUCUAUAACCUAUCUUUUGAUAAAACUAAUUUUGAGCAGCACAUUCCUAGGAAAAUAUUUAAAGAAAGAUAAGCCACUGGUACAAAGACAUUUCUAGCAAGUUCAUUCACAUAAUUUAAAAAAUAAAUUUAUCCAUUUCUCAGUAACUGAGAAAUGGAUAAAUCAAUUUUGGUGCAUUGCUAUUCCUACCACUGACUGUUACAUAGCCAUUAGAUAAUGAUAUAUUGUAAAACUAUAAAAUAUUUAAAUGUGACUCAAGUGUAUAAAUUACUGUAUUUGCCAAUUUAUGUAAACAUUUAGGUCUACAUUGAAAAUAAAAUAAAAUUGGAGUUUAAGGGGUUCCUUACUUUUCUGUAAAAAGUGCAAUAAAAAGAUUAAUUGAUAAAGUA